GGCUGCUGCUUGUCAGAAUUUCGCUGGUGUCGAGAAGGACGCGAGUGUUUGAGGCAAUUUGAGUUCACGGUUUCUGUUUAGUAACCGCUUCUCAAAAUGAGGGAAAUUGUUCACCUGCAAGCUGGUCAGUGUGGGAAUCAAAUUGGUGCAAAGUUUUGGGAGGUGAUCAGUGAUGAACACGGAAUCGACCCGACCGGCACCUACCACGGUGACAGCGACCUGCAGCUUGAGCGGAUUAACGUGUAUUACAACGAAGCCACUGGUGGAAAGUAUGUUCCCCGGGCUGUGCUCGUGGACUUGGAGCCUGGGACCAUGGACUCUGUAAGAUCUGGUCCUUUUGGCCAAGUGUUCAGACCAGACAACUUCGUCUUUGGUCAGAGUGGGGCUGGAAACAAUUGGGCCAAAGGCCAUUAUACUGAAGGUGCUGAGCUGGUGGACUCGGUGCUGGAUGUUGUGCGUAAGGAGGCCGAGAGCUGUGACUGCCUACAGGGCUUUCAGCUCACUCACUCCCUGGGCGGGGGCACCGGCUCGGGCAUGGGCACGCUGCUCAUCAGCAAGAUCCGCGAGGAGUAUCCCGACCGCAUCAUGAACACGUUCAGCGUUGUGCCGUCUCCUAAAGUCUCUGACACUGUGGUGGAGCCCUACAACGCCACUCUGUCUGUGCACCAACUGGUGGAGAACACUGAUGAGACAUACUGCAUUGACAAUGAAGCACUUUAUGAUAUCUGUUUCCGCACCUUAAAGCUCACAACUCCCACUUAUGGUGACCUGAACCAUCUCGUCUCCGCCACCAUGAGUGGUGUGACCACCUGCCUCCGUUUUCCUGGGCAGCUCAACGCUGACCUGCGAAAACUGGCUGUCAAUAUGGUGCCCUUCCCUCGUCUGCACUUCUUUAUGCCUGGGUUUGCCCCACUCACCAGCAGGGGGAGCCAGCAGUACCGUGCACUCACCGUGCCUGAAUUAACACAGCAGAUGUUUGAUGCCAAGAAUAUGAUGGCGGCGUGUGACCCGCGCCAUGGCCGCUACCUGACUGUGGCUGCCGUCUUCCGGGGCCGCAUGUCUAUGAAAGAGGUGGAUGAGCAGAUGCUCAAUGUGCAGAACAAAAACAGCAGCUAUUUUGUAGAGUGGAUCCCCAACAAUGUCAAAACAGCUGUAUGUGACAUCCCACCAAGAGGGCUUAAGAUGGCUGCCACCUUCAUUGGCAACAGCACAGCCAUCCAGGAGCUGUUCAAGCGCAUCUCUGAGCAGUUCACAGCCAUGUUCAGGAGAAAGGCCUUCCUGCAUUGGUACACAGGAGAAGGAAUGGAUGAGAUGGAGUUCACUGAGGCAGAGAGCAACAUGAAUGACCUUGUGUCUGAGUACCAGCAGUACCAGGAUGCCACAGCUGAAGAGGAGGGCGAGUUCGAGGAAGAGGCAGAAGAGGAGUUGGCAUAAAGAUCUGUUAAUCUUUCACAUGUUCAUAUUUUCACAAUUUCCAUGUCUUUCUGUUCCUUGGCAUCUAGUUAAAAAGUUAACAGUUAACGACUCCCGACUUUGUACUUUCAAACUUUCUAAUAAAUAUUUAACUUUGGCAA